AGCAGCGGAGUCGCAACCGAUACGAACUACGGAGAUCAGCUCGAAUCAGGAAGACGAGAUGAAGGGGAGAAUCGACGACGCCGAGGCCGGGCUGCAGCUGCCGCCGGGGUUCCGCUUCCACCCCACCGACGAGGAGCUGGUGCAGCACUACCUCUGGCGGAAGAUCGCCGGCCACCGCAUCCCCGCGCCCAUCAUCGCCGAGGUCGACCUCUACAAGCACAAUCCGUGGGACCUUCCAGGGUUGGCGUUGUAUGGGAACAGGGAGUGGUACUUCUACACGCCAAGGGACCGGAAGUACCCCAACGGCUCCCGGCCGAACCGGGCCGCCGGGAGAGGCUACUGGAAGGCCACCGGAGCUGAUAAGCCGGUGGCGGUGCCCGGCAGCAUCGGCCGUACUCUGGGGAUAAAGAAGGCUCUGGUCUUCUACCAAGGGAAAGCGCCCAAAGGGAUCAAGACUGAUUGGAUCAUGCACGAGUACCGCCUGAUAGAUUCCAGUCAAUUACCGGCGAACAAGAGAGGCGGCAGCAAACGAUUGGAUGAGUGGGUGUUGUGCCGCUUGUACCACAAGAAGAACAGCUGGGACCAGAUGCAGAAAAGGAGAGAGGCAGCAGCAGCAUCAUCCUUUGGAACAACAAUGGAGUUGUCAUCGAACUCUAGUCUCUGGACUGCCGAAUCGGAUGUCGAAUCCAGAAAUCGAAUCCAGCCGGCAGGAAUCAACCCAUAUCAGGUUUCUGAAGCAAUUCAUGAUCAGCAGGGCAGAGCUGUAAAUCCCACGAGCAGCAGCCUUCAAAUGGUGGAAGGAAUGAAAGAGGAGACAGAUUGGAUCAUGGACUUGAACUUCGAAGGUUUUCAGAGUUCCAUGGCAGAACUUGGAUCCACAUCUGAAAUUGAUGUCUCAGACCAGCAAUACUACUAUUCCACUUCGAGCUCGCUGCCGUAUUGGAAUUAGAGGGGAGACCGAUUCGUUUAUGUGUACAUAGCAUUGGUUAGAGGGGGAAAACACAUGAGAAUAAGAGAUUCAUUUUGUUAAUUUGUUUGUUUGUGUUCUCACUUCAAAGAAGAUGGCGGAAUGGAUUUACAUUGUCG